CAAGCACCUGUUAAAAUUGACAUUCUGUGUAGUUUUUCAAAAUAUUUUGUUCUUAUGUCCAAUUUCGUUUUUGCAUCCAUUUCUUAAAGUAUUUUUAGCAUCAUAUCGUGUAUUAGAAUAUAAAAUUAGUGUACUAUGAAUACGAUUGAUUUAGCAGCAAGUGACAGCGAAUCAACAUCUUCAAAAUCUAUAGAUAAUAACGAACAACCUAAACUUGAUGAAAAAUAUCAUGAUAAUAAAAUGAAUGCCAAAGACCAUAAUAAUGAGUGUGGAAAUGAUGUUACUCCACAAUUGAUCGAUGACAGUGAAGUAAAACUCAAGGAAAGGAUAGCGCAAUGCAGAGAUAUAAUAGAAUCAUUGAAAUUAGAAUUGAAAGAGGAAAAGGAGAAACAAAAUGCACUUAAAGUUUCCCCUGCUCAUUUUGAAUCCAUUUCCAAUAACAGUCCCACAUUUUCUUUGACUUCUAAUAAUCAAGAACUGGAUGAUCUAGAAUUAUCAAAAAGCAUCUAUAGUACGUGCAUCGACAAUAAAAUGAACUAUGGAGUUAAUAUCAAUGAGUAUGAGAAACAACUUCAAAGAUAUCAACACACACUAAAUAUAGCUCAAACGGAAAAGAAAAACGCUAUUAGGAAGCAAAUGUUAACAAAAGCUUUUAAACUAAAACUUUUGGAAGUAGAAAAUCAGUGUAAUAUUGAACUAUUAAGAGUUAAACAAAGCUUACAAUGCUUGGAGCCUUUACAGAUGAUUGCCAGUAAAUGGAAGUCUAGUUCUGAUGAUCUUUAUGAUACCAAUAAUUUUGAGCUUUUGCCGAGAUUUCCUGAAUUCGACCCUAAUUCAGGUUGCGAUUUUCACUCACUCAAAGACGAUAUCGCUAACAAUUUCGAUUCGGAACUUUUUGAAAAUGGUACGCAUACUUUAAAUAGAAUUUGAAUGAUGUUUCUUCUGAAUAUCAAUAAUAUUAUUCAAGUUGAAUCAAACGUGUAAAUUAUUUAACGUAGAAUCUGAAAAAAAUCAAUUAAAUUAUCUCAAUCGAUGAAAACGGAGUGAAAAUCUGAUUUAAAUAAAUCAAAAAUUAAGGAGGACCUCCGCAGUGGACCACACACAUAGAGGCACGCGCUUCGAAUGCUGGUGACUUUUUAUUCUCGCUGUUUGAGGCUUGAUCGUGUUCACUCGGCGCUCGUCGGCACCCGAUCGGCAAGCUUUCUGACAUCACACACGUUUGCCUGCGCCUGAGUAGCGCCCGUUCAGUUAGGAACUUGAACUUUAUUUUAAUAAGAUUCCAAUUUGUCAAUUAGAGGGCAUCGCAUGAACGAAACUGGUUUGACUUCUUUACACCUUGUAUCUUUAUGAGUUUCAUUUAAAAAGUGCUUUUAAAUACGAUGGGUAUUGUGGGGUUGAGUGGGAUUGAAGAAGCCGUGGGUUCGAUUCCAAAUUUUUAAUGUUUUACGACUCUCUAAUUUUAAUUAGAACAUUUAAUUUUAAAUAAAUAUUAUAUUUAUUA